AACGUACACAAAGAGCCAGAAGCGCUCAUACUCAGAGCGACCCAAAUAGCCUUGCAUGAUAUCUCAUUCAAUCAUUCAUCGGUUGUUUCAGAGGAGCAGUCAUCUCGUUGCAACUUUUCUCUGCUAAUAGGGAUGGAGGACACAGAAAUUGACAAGGAGACCAUUACAGACAGAAGAAAGUAUGUGGAAGAUCUUAAGGAAUUUAUCACAGAAUACCAAGAUAAGAUUUCAUCUUUACUACAAACACUGUCAUGGACACCAGAACAUUUUGCAAAGAAGGAGGACGGAGUUGUCUGCCCCUAUGACAGUGGCCAUGUUAUGCCAGCCUCUUCUCUGAAGAAACACACAGAAGUGUGUCAGUACACCUCUCAGGGAUGCCCCAAGGAGGAAGUGCAUCUCCAGUUGCUGAAAGGACCCCCUGUCCCAGAGAACUCUGUAGUCCAGCCUAUCAAACUAGAUGCAGAGAUUAUCAACAAGAUAGUUUGGACAGCAUCCAAGGGCCCACGUCAGAUGCCGGUGAGUCAAGAGGACUACAUGGUGAACUUCUCCCCGAGUGAACGCCUUGCCAUCCAUCAGUAUGUGGCAGAGAGAGCCAAGCCAGCCAACGACUUGCUGAAUGUGGAAAAGGAUGAAUUCCUCACCAUCGACUGGCAGGCUGUCGUGAAGAAAGGUGGUUUGAACAAGGACAAGCCAAAGAACAAGUACGAGAUGCUGGCUGAAUUACGAGACAUGAAGCGGCGUAGACAGUCAUACCGGGCCAAAAAUGUUCACAUCACGAAGAAGUCCUACACUGAGAUUAUCCGUGAGGUGAUACAGAAUCAGAUCAAGAUGCUGGGUGGUCCGGAGACUGAGGAGUCGGUGAAGGAAACCUCGGACAGUGCUAAGGAGGAGCCACAGAGAGAGUCCUCCAGCUCAAGAUUAGCAGAUGUGCCAGACAUGAGAGAAAGAGAUCGAGAGAAAAAGAGAGAUCGAGAGAGGAGUAGAGACAGAGAGAGGAGUAGAGAUCGAGAGAGGAGUAGAGAUCGAGAGAGGAGUAGAGACAGAGAGAGGAGUAGAGACAGAGAGAGGAGACGAUGUCAGAGGGAUGAUGGAGAAAGGGAGGGACGUAGACACAGAAGAGUGGAAGAAGAUAGGGAUGACCGUAGGAGAUAUCACCGCGAUAGAUCGUCCCGCAAACACCAGCGCCGACGUCGGUCCCACGAUAGGAGCGAGUCUCGGGGGCGGGAAGGCUCACGUGGGAGGGAUGAGGUUGGGAGGGCUAUAGGGAUGGAGAUCAACUCUGAAACAGAGGGUGGGCCCGGGGUGGAGAGGAAGACCGGGAGAGACCAACGAGAGAUGGCAUCGAGACAAGAGGGAGAUGAUGCUUAUGACAUUUUGGAAAGGGAAAUGUUGAAUGCUAAAGAUGAUGGUGAGGUGGCAUCGAGAGUGUCGUCAGUGGGAAUAGAAGAUGGAGAGCUAGAUGCUGACACUCUGGAUGUAGAGCACACAAGGUCCCGGAAACACAAGCACAAGCAUAAACACAAGCAUAAACACAAGCAUAAGCAUAGGCGAGGGUCGGAUUUUGUAGAGGCCAGUGAAUAGCGAUCAUACCCAACUAAACUCAUGUGGUAUGUUUGAGAGAACUUGCUUCGUGGAUGAAGUUAUGUGAUGCUGUGAGAUGAAUGGAAAUGACAAAAUGUAACUGAAUAAAUAAUUCGAACAAAUAUUCAUUCUGAAGCGUUGGUUACAAGACAAAGUUGCUGUUUUUUGUCUUGUGACAGGAUAAAGUGGAGCCUCGGACAUUCCAAAUGAAGCUCUCUCCAACAGGAGGUUUUGAACAAACUAUUUCCUUAUUUGUGUGAAAUACAAUAUUCCUCACAUACCUUGCAAGAUUUUUCAUUAUUUACUGUUUUCCUAGAUGUGGCAUGUCUUAUUAAUAGAGACCUGGCAUCUACUCUUCCUAUUUGGUUUUGACCAAGUAACUAUUUGUGGCUUUGUUUCUAUUUGAAGUUUACAAUAACAUUGAGUUCAAACUCUUUGAACAGCUACUUUUCUCUACGCUGAUAUAUUCCUGUAAACUGAUUUAGUCCUGUACAACUGUUUUAAGUUUUAAUUUAAGGGACAAUGCAAGUUCAACUCACUUUGUGAGUAUUAGAAGAUAUAUAUUUUAAAUGAAUCUGUGACAUGGAGUUUAUGAGUCUUGUAGCCAUAGUAACAGUGUAUUUGCAGAGUUAAUGAUGCACAUACUGAUUCAGUCAUAUUGCUAUGAUUUCCCCCAGUCACUUCUUCAUGUUCUAGAUGGUGGUUGUGUAGGAGGUUAAUGAUGAACUGGAAGUUAUCUCCCUUUUAAUAUUAUCUCCCUUUGUGCAGUUACUCGGUGUGAUGUUGGUGAACAUGAAAACUAAACUUAUUGAUCUAUACACCUACUGUGCCAUUAGUACAGAGUUUGUGUGGCAGUGUUUUGGUACUAGAAUCCUGGAAAUGUUUAUGAAUACCAUUAGGAGCAAUAAACUACACUGUAUUAUUGA